UUGGAGCCUUUCCAACAUUAUCUGUUGGGUGUAUGCAAAAUAUACUUUCGGGGUUUCUGGGUGUUGCUCCAAGUAUUUUAAUAAAGAGAUGAGUCUGAGUGGGAAGAUGGUAAGGGAUGUAGAGAUCAAGUCGGAUGGAGAUGUGUUCCAUGAGAUCUUUCGAUACAGACCGCAUCAUAUAUCAACGAUGUUGCCUGGUAACAUUCAGAAUGUUGAUUUGCAUGAAGGUGACUGGGGGACAGUUGGCUCUGUCAUCUUCUGGAAUUAUACUCAUGAUGGGAAGGAGAAGACUGCUAAGGAGGUUAUUGAGGCAAUAGAUGAGGAAAAGAAGUUGGUGAGAUUCGAGGUUGUUGAAGGAGAUCUCCUGCAGCUGUGCAAGACAUUCAUAUUCACUGUUCAUGUGGACACAAAAGGGGAAAACAAUUUGGUGACAUGGACCCUUGAAUAUGAGAAGCUGAAUGGAGAUGUUGAAGAUCCCACCACACUCAUGGACUUAUGUAUUGUGGUCACCAAAGACAUCGAGACCCACCAUCUCAAGUAAUGCUACCUAUAAUAGAUGAAGGUCAUGAUCUAGUUCGGGGAUCAGUUGGGAUCCUCGGACAGUACUCCCGUAAAAAAAAGAAAUUUAAAAAAAAUACAUAAAUAGAUCAUGAUCUUAGUUUUCUUUGUGUGGCAUUGUGUGCUUCUGUGGUGGUCCAAGUAACCACUUAAUAAUGGAUUGUGUAUGUUAUAGUAAGAGUGUGGUGAGGAAUGUCAAAUUAGCACUGAUGGCAAAAUAUCUACUAGCUAAUGUUGAGUUC